UUUUUUUUUUUGCUGGUGAAAUGCUGCUCUCCCUGCCCAUCCUUGUCACAGUGGUGCCUGGAGGCCUGGUACGAGGGCUGACAGGCUGCCAUUUCACAUAUGACCAAAGUGAGGAACCAAAACUAUUGUGGGGACGACGCAACACUUUUGAGUUAUUGCGCUUGUUAGGGCUGGCUGGGGACUAGGAUGUCAGUCCAGUAUCUUUGCUGCCUUGCUGUAACUGCUCUCAGUAUCCAGACCAGAGACUGGGUCUAGCUUGGGGAAGGAGGAGUGCGUGUUUGCCCUGGGUGGCAGCUGGCGUCCCCUGGGCUUUGCAAGAUGCACGUGUUCAGUGAGACACGUGCAAGCUCCCCUAAAGAAAGGUGCUUGUCCUCAGAUUUCCCGAAGAAGCGGAAGAGGAGCAGAUGGAACCAGGACUCCCUGGAGCAGAAGACGGUCAUCCCGGGCAUGCCCACAGUCAUCCCUCCUGGCCUCACCCGGGAGCAGGAGCGAGCUUACAUAGUGCAACUGCAGAUAGAAGACCUGACUCGUAAACUGCGCACAGGAGACCUGGGAAUCCCCCCUAACCCUGAGGACAGGUCCCCUUCCCCCGAGCCCAUUUACAACAGCGAGGGGAAGCGGCUGAACACCCGCGAGUUCCGCACCCGCAAGAAGCUGGAGGAGGAGAGGCACAACCUCAUCACCGAGAUGGUGGCCCUCAACCCAGACUUCAAGCCCCCGGCUGACUACAAGCCUCCGGCAACCCGAGUGAGCGAUAAGGUGAUGAUUCCACAGGACGAGUACCCCGAAAUCAACUUUGUCGGGCUUCUGAUUGGGCCCAGAGGCAACACGCUGAAGAACAUCGAGAAGGAAUGCAACGCCAAGAUCAUGAUUCGCGGCAAGGGGUCCGUGAAGGAGGGCAAGGUGGGCCGCAAGGACGGCCAAAUGCUGCCUGGGGAGGAUGAGCCCCUGCAUGCCCUGGUCACUGCCAACACCAUGGAGAAUGUGAAGAAAGCUGUGGAGCAGAUCCGGAAUAUCCUGAAGCAGGGAAUUGAGACACCCGAGGACCAGAACGACUUGCGGAAGAUGCAGCUGCGGGAGCUGGCCCGCCUCAAUGGGACCCUGCGAGAGGACGACAACAGGAUUUUGCGGCCAUGGCAGAGCGCCGAGACCCGUAGCAUCACCAACACCACCUUGUGCACCAAGUGCGGGGGAGCUGGGCACAUUGCCUCCGACUGCAAGUUCACCAGGCCUGGCGACCCGCAGUCGGCCCAGGACAAGGCGCGCAUGGACAAGGAGUACCUGUCUCUCAUGGCUGAGCUGGGUGAAGCGCCCGUACCCACCUCUGUGGGCUCCUCCUCAGGACCCACCACCACCCCUCUGUCAAGCGGGCCCAGACCAGCGGGACCAGGAAGCAGCCAGCCACCACCAAGCCGCCCCCUGUGGAUGAACUCGGGCCCCUCGGAGAACCGGCCCUACCACGGAAUGCACGGGGGGCCUGGGGGGCCAGGCGGGCCCCACAACUUCCCGCACCCCAUGCCUAGCCUGGGUGGGCACGGCGGGCACCCCAUGCAGCACAACCCCAAUGGCCCCCCGCCCUGGAUGCAGCCACAUCACCCGCCCAUGAACCAGGGGCCACACCCUCCUGGCCACCCAGGCCCCCACCACAUGGGUAAGUGCAGGCUGGGGUGUGGUGCGGCGCAGCGGGAACUGACGGACGCAUGGACGCCCGGGACUCUGCCCUUUGACCUGUGCCCACACCGGGCACCUCGUGCCGAUCUCACCCUAUGGAGCCAGAUUCGGAGCGGGGCCGCGGAUGCCCUUGGGGGCGCGGCUCCUACCUUCUCCUCCUCCUCCUCUUCACUCUGCGGCUGGAGCGGACGAAGACUCGAGGCCCCGCGCAUCUACUACCUGUCGCUGGAGUUCUACAUGGGCCGCACGCUGCAGAACACCAUGGUCAACCUGGGCCUGCAGAACGCCUGCGACGAGGCCACCUACCAGCUGGGCCUGGACAUGGAGGAGCUGCAGGAGGAGGAGGAGGACGCCGGGCUGGGCAACGGGGGCCUGGGGCGCCUGGCAGAGGCACUUCUUGUGAGGGGAGGGGAGCAUGUCCAGGGUGGGAGAGGGAGGAGGGGUCAUGGUUGGGGGGUGGCAGAGUAUCCUACCCCCUCCCUCCGAGCCCAGGGGAUUUUGGGGGGGUCCCAGUGACUGCCCCCCCCACAGGUGGAGGAGGCUGAUGACUGGCUGCGCUACGGGAACCCGUGGGAGAAGGCACGGCCGGAGUACUCCAUCCCUGUGCACUUCUACGGGCACGUGGAGCACAGCCCCGACGGCACCAAGUGGGUCGACACCCAGGUGGUGCUGGCGCUGCCCUACGACACGCCGGUCCCCGGGUACCGCAACAACACGGUGAACACGAUGCGCCUCUGGUCGGCCCGAGCCCCCAACGAGUUCAACCUCAAGGAUUUUAACAUUGGGGGCUACAUCCAGGCCGUGCUGGACCGGAACCUGGCGGAGAACAUCUCCCGGGUGCUGUAUCCCAACGACAACUUCUUCGAGGGCAAGGAGCUGCGGCUCAAGCAGGAGUACUUCGUGGUCGCUGCCACCCUCCAGGACAUCAUUCGCCGCUUCAAGUCCUCCAAGUUCGGCAGCCGCGAUCCCGUGCGCACCAACUUCGACGCCUUCCCCGACAAGGUGGCCAUCCAGCUCAACGACACGCACCCGUCGCUGGCCAUCCCCGAACUCAUGCGUGUGCUGGUCGACAUCGAGCGGCUGGAGUGGGACAAGGCCUGGGACGUCACGGUGCGGACCUGCGCCUACACCAACCACACGGUGCUGCCCGAGGCGCUGGAGCGCUGGCCCAUCCACCUCUUCGAGACCCUCCUGCCGCGGCACCUGGAGAUCAUCUACGAGAUCAACCAGCGCUUCCUCGACCGGGUCUACACCACCUUCCCCGGGGACCUGGACCGGCUGCGGCGCAUGUCGCUGGUGGAGGAAGGCAGCGUGAAGCGCGUCAACAUGGCGCAUCUCUGCAUCGUGGGGUCCCACGCUGUCAACGGCGUGGCCCGCAUCCACUCCGACAUCCUCAAGAAGACCAUGUAUGUCCCCCACCCCCUUGAGCCCCCCGAGCCAGAGGAACCCGGAGGUCCCUGUCACCCCAGCCCUGAUUCCCCACCAGAGGGUGGAGACACCGUACAGUGGGUCAGGGAUCCAGGCUGGGGGAGGUCUUUGGGAUGGGGGGACCUGGGGGUCCCCCAGCUCACCUUCCGCCCCCAGCGCAUCGGGGAGGACUACAUCGCCGACCUGGACCAGCUGCGCAAGCUCCUGGCGCACGUGGACGACGAGGCCUUUAUCCGGGACGUGGCCAAAGUCAAGCAGGAGAACAAGCUGAAGUUUGCGGCCUACCUGGAGAAGGAGUACAAGGUGAAGAUCAACCCCAACUCGCUCUUCGACAUCCAGGUGAAGCGCAUCCACGAGUACAAGCGCCAGCUGCUCAACUGCCUCCACGUCAUCACCUUCUACAACCGGAUCAAGAAGGAGCCGAACAAGCACUUUGUGCCCCGCACCGUCAUGAUUGGGGGCAAGGCAGCGCCCGGGUACCACAUGGCCAAGAUGAUCAUCAAGCUGAUCACGUCUAUCGGGGACAUUGUGAACCACGACCCCGUGGUCGGCGACCGCCUCAAGUUCCUCUUCCUGGAGAACUACCGCGUAUCCCUGGCCGAGAAGGUGGUGCCGGCGGCCGACCUGUCGGAGCAGAUCUCCACGGCGGGCACCGAGGCCUCGGGCACUGGCAACAUGAAGUUCAUGCUCAACGGGGCCCUGACCAUUGGCACCAUGGACGGCGCCAAUGUGGAGAUGGCUGAGGAGGCGGGCGACGGAAACAUCUUCAUCUUCGGCAUGCGCGUGGACGACGUGGACCAGCUCGACCGCCAGGGGUACUGCGCCAAGGACUACUACGACCGCCUGCCCGAGCUGAAGCAGGCCAUGGACCAGCUCAGCACCGGCUUCUUCUCGCCCAGGCAGCCCGACCUCUUCAAGGAUGUGGUCAACAUGCUCAUGAACCACGACAGGUUCAAGGUCUUUGCCGACUAUGAGGCCUACAUCAAGUGCCAGGAGCAAGUCAGCGCCCUCUACAAGAACACGAGGGAGUGGACGCGUACGGCAAUCCGCAACAUCGCAGCCUCGGGCAAGUUCAGCAGCGACCGCACAAUCGCGCAGUACGCCCGCGAGAUCUGGGGCGUGGAGCCCACCCGCGCCAAGAUCCCCGCCCCCGACGACCCCCGCGAGUAGCCCCCGAGGCCCCGCCCCCAG